AUGGAUAAAAAAUAUGGUAGCGAAAAAAAUGGUUCGAAAAGAAUCACAAUUUCGAAGACAAGUUACACUAUUUCAUCACAUGUACAUUUUGGACUUGAUUUGAAUGAAGAUGAUGCACUCGAACUUGAAGAGGUAAUUCGCUCGAUGGGUCAACAGGAUAUUCCAAUUAUUAAUUUGGAAUACGAAUCUUACUAUAUCCAAAAUAUAACCUACGGAACAAGAAGUAUCAUCCUCCAAGAUUACGACGUUUUUACUGCCGUUCAUUGCCCGAGGAUGAACCAUAACAUCACAAUCAAAAGUUUGCCUUUCAUUUUCUCGGAUCAGAACGUGAACCUAAGUAUACACUUUAAUUGUAACCGAGUUCCUCAUUUUGCUCAUGAAAUACUGUGUCUGAGUUCCCGGACUAAUAAGUCGUGCGUUAAUAGUGUGCAUUCCGAGCCGGCGGAUUUCAAUUGGGAUGCGUACUCAUGCGAUGACGAUGUUAGUGUAACGACGGUGUUGGAUGUAUUUCGUUCAAUAAAUGAGCUGGGGAUAGAAUUCAUCAGAGCAUUGAGGGGAGGAUUCGAGCUACAAUGGUGGGAAAUAGAGGAUUGCGAAAUGUGUGAAAACUCCGAUGGCCGGUGUGGUUACAAUAAUGAUACAAGAGAGUUCAUGUGUUUUUGCUCCAGCGGUACGAGCACGAAGGGUGACUGUAAAGCUACAAAUUCUGCAUUUGGAUCCCUCCCUCCCACAUGCGUGUUCAUUGAGACCCAAUGA